CUUGCAAAAUAUGCAUGAAUUCUCCGAGUAUCACCCUCCGUCCAUUCAGGCUAACAGACGUUGACGAUACGAUGUUAUGGGUGGCCGAUGAUCGAGUAAUACGAAAUCUCCUCCGAUGGAAGACAAUAACUUCUAAAGAAGAAGUUUUGACUUUCAUCAGGGAAGUCUGCAUCCCCCAUCCUUGGCGACGAUCAAUAUGCGUGGACGACCGAUCCAUCGGAUUCAUCUCCAUCUUCCCCGGAUCCGGCGAUGAGCGGUGUAAGGCAGACAUUGGGUACGCCAUUGGAGUUGAUUACUGGGGCCAGGGGAUCACCACCAUGGCAGUGAAGAUAGCACUUUCUCAGUUUUUUAAGGACUUUCCUGAUGUGCUGAGACUGCAGGCUUAUGCUAAUGCAGAGAAUAAGGCCUCCCAGAGAGUAUUAGAGAAAGCUGGUUUUGUCAAGGAGGGUCUUUUAAGGAAAUACUCCUAUCUUAAGGGCAAUCUACAGGACUUGGUUCUCUAUAGCUUUCUAUCUACAGAUACCAUUCCUGCAGAUCCCUAAAGUUACAACUUGAUACAUUAUACACACACACACACAUACGGAUACUUGUAUAGAGUUACUUAAACUCUUUCAGUUUGUGAGCAGCUCUGAGAAUUGUUAAAUCUAUAUCUAUAUUUUUAUAUUUAUAAUUUGGGGCUACUCUUAUGAUGCACAAUUUCUUAAGACUUUUGCAUAGACUUUGU